UAUAUCUUCGGUUCUAGUCGCUAUUUUUCUGUUUGCAUGCGGUUCAAUACAGUCUUUUUACCAACUCGAACCAUAAUACACGUUACUCAACCGUUGAACAUCAAACUAUACUGAGAGAGCGGGACAACUCCUUGUAUUGGUGCUCUUAGCCUAUGAAACACGCCGCCGACGCACAUUCGCAGCUCACCAUAAUGGCCCAAGGCUCAAAUAGCGACCCACACACCCGCUAUGAACGCGCUGUUACCGAAUUCCACGACGUCGUGAAUGAUGAGCGCGUAAAUGGCGUAGUAGGUCACGAGUCUGGCUUGGAAGAUGUGAACAGUUGGUGGGUUCCAGAAAGCACCCUUUCGAAGCAUUUCGACGAGCGGCGAUUGGUCGCGAUCGGCCACGAACUAUUCCCUACCAGAAGGCCUUUGGACCUACAGACACGAGCAAUCAAACGAAGUUACUUGAAAUGCUUCGCUAUCCUGCUGUAUAAUAAUAACGGGACCUAUAUCGAACACUUCUGUGUUUAUGAAAGCUUAUCGGAUAGCCAUCUUCCGUUCCAAACAAAACCGGCACAUUGGCCGUUGAAUCUUGACUUCAAAAAGUUCGUCGAAUCACAGUGGCACUUUUGCCCACCAAAGAUCGAAUACUGGAGCAGUCGAAAGUACGAAAGCAACCGGAUUUUCCCCAUUAUCGACGCCAAACCGAUUGGACAGCAACAUGGCAGUUCAAGAACCCAUCAAAUUACGAUUCAUCCUGAGUACAAUCUCCUUCCAUCCAGCACUGAGGACAAUCAAUUCGUCCUGAAGUCUUUUAACACGCCAUCCGAAAGGUUCUCUGUCGAGGUCGACGCAUUUAUAAAUAUUCGAUGCUCGAAUGCAUAUCGGGAAGAACUUAUCAUCGGAUUUUAUGGCGCUUUCGUUCACGGUCCUACCUACCAUCUUAUCCUGGAAUACGCCAACGGAGGCACACUCAAAAACUAUUUCGAAGAGCAUGCGAGUCUAUCUAAAGAACAUGAAAUUUUCCAGUUUUGGGAAGCAUUGCUUCCCCUGACUCGCGCGCUUCGUGUUCUCCAUUGUCUAGAGUUCAAGGACAAAACGACCCACUGUAUACACCAUCAGGAUGUUAAGCCAGAGAACAUCCUGGUGUGCAAGCGAGAUGGAAAACUCCUUUUCAAGCUGGCCGACCUAGGUCUCAGCCGUAUUCAACGGGACGAGGAUGAUGUCGUGGGAUAUAGCGGCACCGUCACACGUACAUACGGCCCCCCCGAAUGCUAUAAUCCAGACCAAGUUGCUUAUGCUCAACCUUUGGAGGUGAGUAAAAGCACCGAUAUCUGGUCUCUAGGCUGCAUCUUCAGUGAAGCCGCCGUUUGGGUGGUUCGAGGUCCAAAUGGGCUCCGAGAAUACACCGCACUCCGCAAAGAACAGACCUCGAAAUGCCAUAUUGAAGAAUCUGAUUGUUUUCAUGACGGGAAAGGGGUUUUAGACAUCGUGCGGAAAACCCACCUGGAUCUUGGCCAGGAAAUCAGACGCUCCGACAAGAUUACUCUAGACGCAUUGGAAGUGGUAGAAGAUAUGUUACUUCCAUCGGAGCGACGUCAAAGUGCAGCUAUUCUUUGGAAUGCGUUCAGCCGUAUCCUAGAGGAUGGUCGUGGCUCUCACAGAGACAGCCCAUUUUCUACUUCCCCCCGGUCACGGACGACGCCUUGGUCAUCUCUGCCUGUCAGUCCACACACUCCGACACGUCAAGCUGCGGUCUUAGAUGAUCGGGAUUUACUUCCAGAUAGCCAUGACAAUGGAGCCAGCAACGGAGGCAGCCAAUACAAGCCUGGCUCACGGAUGAAGGACGAGAACCAUGAUUCCAUCUACAGGACGCGAGAUGGAAUCGAGAUGGAUCGACCUCCAUUGUCGCCGGAUGGGGUCUAUACUCGCAGGGUCUCCGGAUUUUCUGCAACGUCACCGAUCUUAAAAACAUCGCCAACAAGAGAACGAUAUUCCCAAGUCUACCCGGAUACCCAGAUGCAAGGACUGCACCUAGAUGGAAAUGGGCAGAGUGAAGGAAAUCAAUUGCAAUUUGGGCCUAAACUGGGCUGGCGGGGUCGUAACAUGGCCACAUCCAAUAUCGAUAGCCAAAGAAACCGACGGCCGAAACUGAAUCUGUUUGCUACAGAUGCCGCUGUUGCUCCUUCUAGACGGCCAACCGGCCGCGAUACCAGGGCCCCGUUCCAACUUCCCCCAGAAGGGGAUGAACCAUCGGAGGAGAAAUCGUCCGUAGGAGGGCGCUCAAAACGCAACUCGAAAGAACCUUCUGGCACAAAUUUCGAUCACAAACCCCCCUUUCUUCCCGUCAAGGAGGCUCGGAAGUGGCGGAAGAAGCAAAAGGUGCGGUUAAUGAAGCUAUCGCAAGCCAAAGAGGUUCUUCCCCACCUGCAAACUUUCGAAAGUAAAUUGGAGAAGCGUGAUCAUGUUUUCCUGAUCGACACCUCAUCAUCGAUGAAGCCGCAUUGGCAAGACGUCGAAAAAUGCCUGGAUGUGUUAGGAUACAUUGUAAAACCGUAUGACCCUGAUGGACUGGAUCUAUGCUUUACAUCGACAUUAGAUGUCAUCCAUAAACGGCAUUCUACCAGUCUUUUGAGCGCCGUGCGGGCCAAAGAGCCAAAGAAGGGUCAUUAUCCUAGCGAUAUCCGGCAUCGCUUAGGUCAGAUCCUGAACGAGUUCCUUAAAAAGCUAAGGACCGCGGUGGAUGCCCACAACGAAGACUCCGUAAGGCCUAGGACAAUAUACGUCUUCACGGACGGCGAUUGGCCGGAGAAGUACAACCCGGAACCACCAAUUGUUGAGUUCGUCUCUGCCCUCAGGAAACAAAAAGGGUUCUUUGGUCUCCAGUUUAUUCAGUUUGGAGACAGCUCUCGAGGGACGGAUCGACUGAAGCGUCUUGACCGUCUCAAUUGGCACUAUAAGAAUCGGGGGGUAGAACAGUAAGCUACAACGCUCCAUGGGUUUGCUAAAAAUGCUGACGCCUUCGAAGGGAUUAUGUCGACUUCGAGCCAUAUCCGGAUGGGAACGUUUGGAAAAUGCUGUUUGGGGCUGUUGACCCGUUGUUUGAUGAUGACGAUGACGACGAUUAAGACAAGGCAUGAGCGGUGUGAUUUGGGAGGCCUCCAUCUUAGAACACCUCGCUACCGAACCUCUCAUGUGAAGUAUUUCGAUUCCGUAUCCUUCUUCCUAGAUG